AUGGAACACGACUACUUCUCCUCCAACCCCCGACCAAAAGUCCUCCAGAAGCACUCCACCCUGGCCCGCGAAUUUAUCUCCCGCCAUGCCUCCGACUCCCGCCGCGUCGUCCUCGUAACCUCCGGCGGCACAACUGUACCCCUAGAAAACCAAAUGGUGCGUUUCGUCGACAACUUCUCCGCCGGCACCCGCGGCGCAACAUCCGCAGAAUAUUUCUUGGAUCACGACUACGCUGUAAUCUUCUUGCAUCGACAAUUUUCACUAUUGCCGUAUAGUAGACAUUACUCACACAAUGUGAAUUGCUUUUUGGACUUUAUGGAUGAGGGCGCAGAGGGCAAAGUUGUGGUGGGUGAGGAGUAUCAGGAUGAGAUGGUCGGGGUGUUGAGGAAGUAUACAGAGGCGAGGAAGCAAGGGAAAUUGCUUUCUAUUCCUUUCGUCACGGUGAACGAUUACUUGUGGGAGUUGAGGGAGAUUGCCAUUUUGAUGCAGCCGUUGGGCGGGAAUGCUUUGUUCUAUCUCGCGGCUGCUGUGAGCGACUUUUUCAUCCCUAGCGAUUUGAUGGUGGAGCAUAAAAUCCAGUCCUCGGAGGACUUCAACAAGGAAAAUCAGAACAGUGCUGAUGGGACAAAGGCACCAGCUGCGCGUAUCGAAGGUCAACGUUUGGUCAUUGGUCUGGAGCCAGUGCCCAAGUUCCUAAAGACACUGGUGGACGGAUGGGCCCCCGAAGGUAUGAUUGUCAGUUUCAAGCUCGAGACCGAUCCAGCCAUUCUGGUCAAAAAGGCCGAGUACGCACUCAACAAAUACUCACAUCAUCUGGUUAUUGGAAAUUUGUUGUCGACUCGCAAGUGGGAAGUUGUGUUCGUCUCUGGAUCGGGAGGCCAACAGUGGAUCCGCGUGCCCAGGAGCAAACGCACCCCCAGCAUUUCCGGCAAGGUCGAGCAUGUGGGUUUGGCUUCUGGGGGCGAUGCCGAGAAAGACGCAGAAGCAGUGACAGGACAACCUGCAGUCGAGAUCGAGUCUCUGAUCAUCCCAGAGGUCGCAAAGAUGCACGCGGCACACAUGUCUAGAAGAAACUCGAAGUAG